AAAUGGGGAGAGAUUAUACUUGGUUUUAUUAUUUUCCAAUUUCAUAUCAGCAGACAAAGAUUACAACAAUACUGGACCCCAUUCUCUUUCUCUUUUGCUAUAUAUCCAUAUAGAGUUGAACGUUGGAGGUAAAGUGUGAUAGAAGAUAAACAGAUCGAGCUUUGAUAAAAUUAUAGCAGCCAAGAGGAAAAACAAGCAGCAAUCAGUCAGUCAGUCUUUUAAUGGAGGUGGGUUUUAUUUGGGAGGUGUACUUGGUGCUGCUCUUGGUCUUGGCUGCUUCAUUUGCUCUCUACAUUUUGCUCAAGAGAGCAAAUGCUUGGUUUUAUGAGCGUAGAUUGGGUGAAAAGCGACUGUCUCUCCCUCCAGGCGAUCUGGGUUUGCCUUUAAUUGGAAACAUGUGGUCCUUCCUCAGAGCUUACAAGUCUGGUGAUCCCGAUUCCUUCAUCUCCACCUUUCUUCAGAGAUAUGGUCGAACUGGAGUAUACAAGGCCUUCAUGUUCGGAAGCCCAAGUAUAAUGGUUACAUUACCAGAAUCCUGCAGGCAGGUUCUAAUGGAUGAUGAAACAUUUGGACCCGGUUGGCCUAAGGCCACUUGUGAUCUCAUCGGAAGGAAGUCUUUUAUAGGCAUUUCCGACGAGGAACACCGGCGUCUGCGGCGUCUAACAGCUGCUCCAGUUAAUGGGCAAGAGGCAUUAUCUGUGUAUCUUGGGUAUAUUGAGGACUGUGUAAAAUCUGCAUUGGAGAAAUGGGCUGGUAUGGAGACAAUUGAGUUCUUAACUGAGCUGAGGAAGCUUACUUUUAAGAUAAUCAUGUACAUAUUUCUCAGUUCUGAGAGUGAGCAUAUAAUGGAGGCUCUGGAGAAGGAAUAUACAGCUCUAAAUUAUGGAGUAAGAGCAAUGGCCAUUAAUCUCCCCGGAUUUGCAUAUCACAAAGCUCUCAAGUCUCGGAAAAACCUUGUAGCAAUUCUUAAUUCGGUUGUGAAAGAGAGAAGGCAGAGGAUGAUGAGUUGUCCACCUCCGGCAAAGAAAGACAUGAUGGAUGUUCUCAUGUAUGUCGAAGAUGAGAAUGGCAGAAGGCUGAGCGACGACGAGAUCAUCGAUGUUCUAGUCAUGUACUUGAAUGCUGGCCAUGAAUCUUCUGCCCACAUUACAAUGUGGGCCACUGUCUUACUACAGAAACAUCCAGAGUUGUUCCAAAAGGCAAAGGCAGAGCAAGAGGAGAUUGUAAGGAACCGACUACCCACACAGAAAGGUUUGACGCUCAAGGAAAUUAGACAAAUGGAUUAUCUUUCCAAGGUGAUUGAUGAAACACUGCGUCUCAUUAAUAUAUCACUAGUAGUAUUCCGGGAGGCUAGAAAGGAUGUCAAUAUCAGUGGUUACAGCAUACCCAAGGGAUGGAAAGUUUUGGUUUGGUUCAGGAGUGUUCACUUGGAUGCUGAAAUUUACCCUAAUCCAAAGGAAUUUAAUCCUUCUAGAUGGGAUGGGUAUACACCCAAAGCAGGAACCUACCUUCCCUUUGGAGCAGGAAGCAGGCUGUGCCCUGGAAAUGAUCUUGCCAAGCUAGAGAUCUCUAUUUUCCUCCACUAUUUUCUUCUUAAUUAUCAGCUUGAGCGGCUUAACCCAGAAUGCCCAGUGAGGUACUUGCCUCAUACAAGGCCCAUAGACAAUUGCUUAGCAAGAAUCAGAAAGAUUUCAUCACCAGCUAUGUAGACUGGAAGAAAAAGAAAAGCAAUAACAGCAUGUGUUAUGCUUCUUAUUUAUCCAUAAAAAGGAUUGAAUUCUAAAUAUUUUUUUUGAUUGUCAAGAUGAUUUGGUAAUGGAAAGUGUAGAUUAUUUGCUGUUA